AUGGAUCAGGAUAUUCGCAACAAAGGAAAGUGUGAGCUGGGUUUGAGAUGGAGAAGGAAGCAUGAACGUGGAACGUACUGGGUGCUUUCCAACAAGGAUCAAGAUGACCACGAGAAGGACAAAGGAUGUCUACUGGCGGUGACAGCAGCACAAGGGCAAAAUGUGAUGGGACACAAGGAGGAUCUGAUCCAUACAAUGUGUUUAACGCAACAUCCCUUGCAAAUGGUGGAUGCAGCUGUCAUCAAAACUUUCGUUCAAGAAGUAAUCACCAAAAGGCGAUCCAUUCGUCAGCAAAGACACCUUGAGGAAGAUCAUCCGAUUUGGUCAACAUUCAGCCAUCAGCAUUAUGCUUUAUUCAACAGCUUAAUACAGUCCCCUUUGACAUUCUCACCAACGUCGCAUGCUACAGCCUUGAAGAAAGUCAAUGAUCAAUCGACACCCACUGAUGAUGGCGAUGCUGCCACGUUUUACAUUCGCAUGGCAUCAGGUGAUAGCGCUGAUAUUGAAAGCUGCGUUCAACGUUACAGCAAAGCUUUCCCUGCAGAUGUCGAGUGGUGCACAACUUUACUCGAUCACAUCGACAAUCUGAAGAAUACAAACUGCAAGAUCACGCUAUUGUAUGCCGGGAUCACGCUAGCAUCCACAGCUUUUGAACGACAUGCCAGCGACGAGCGUGUCGGAGGCGGUACAAGAAUGCUGAAUUGGGUUACAACGAACGGCGCUCUCACAUGGUCGAUGUACGAGCUAUGCAAUCUUCGACUUGAUAACAGCUCAACAGUACUUGAAUUGGGAUACAUCGAAGAUAUCAUUAUCAAAUCCAUCGGGGAUGUUGCACUUAACUCGGCCAAUGGUGGAUUUUUUAUUGAUUACACGCCCUCAGUUGACUACCGGCAGCUAUGGAAAAAGGUGGCAUCAGACAUCGGAUAUCCAAAAGACAUUGCAUCUUGUCCACUUUCACAGCAAACCACUGAGCAGCUGGACAACCAUUACAACGACCUCGUUGAUUUCAUGAAGCGUACAGCCAAAGAUGGUCUUACAAUCAUGCCAGCACCAUCUAAAGCAUUGAUCAACACCUUGAAGCGCCAAUCAAUAACCAACGCUUCAGUAGCUGGAGACACUGUGAAUGUCAUGAUGGGUAAAGACAUUACCUUCAAAGUCAUGAAAGCAGAAGAAUAUGGAUUUUUCGAGGCUGGUGAGAUAUGCAAUGCUAGUCAUUUCAUGACGAGCAUGUUUGACAUGCUGCACACUAUUUUGGAUGCGCCCACCUCUCGUGAUUUAUUGCCACCAUUUGUCGAUUUGCACAGCAUCCACCCGAAUCAGCCUCUAGUGCCAUCAAUAUUAUAUGCAUCACGUUACUUGAAGGUGGUGAAGCCAAUCAUUAUUACAGCGAUGUCAGCGAAGGUGUAUACUUUUUUCCAGCUUGAUGCGUUUGAUCCGCUUUGGAGCAACCAAGAGGCGAGAGACCGAUUCUUUUCCGACUUGUCAUCUCCCGAUAAUUAUGACGACAUGACGGCCAUGGUUGACGUUGAACAUCCUAGCACUGCAUUUUAUCGUUCGUAUGGUAGUCGUAUUGGGGAUCUCUCAAUUGUUCGAUACGGCGCCGGUGCUACCGACUUUGCUCUACUAUUGCCAAUUCGAGAUCCAGGAGCAUUGAAGUAUGAUCCUCGAUCACAAGUCAUCAAGUGCAAUGAAAUUUUUCUUUCCUUAUGCGCCAUGCAAGUGUUGGAGAUGGUAGUUCGGAAGAAGUUCAAUGACAGCACACGACCAAGUGAUGCCACCAAGUUGAUUGAUUGGAUGUGUGAUAUACGAUUGGAUUACAACAACACUAUCAGCAAAUUGGGCAUCAAAGAAGAACUUGACAAGGUGAAGAAAUCGAUCAAGGACCUUGACCAGCAACAAGGAUCUUCGAGAAUGACAUCAUCUGCUGAAAGGAAAAAAAAGGCAUCGAAAGAAGUUGAUCUCAUGGAAGAGAAUCAACCACCAACAAAGUCGAUCAUCACCAUGCGUUUCAUUGGUGGCCCUGACAGCGUUGAGAGGCAACAUCAAUACGACCAACUUCAAGCACAGCAUGAGAGCCGCAAGAAGCGUUUCAUCUCCAUUAACGACACGCCAACACCAGCAGGUAUGCAGCCGUUCACCGAUGAAUACCUUGCUUGGUUUAUGAAAGGAUCAGCUGGAAAAAGUAUCUUUAAAUCAGCAAACGCUAUGGGCAACAAUCCAAUGACUGGCUUGAACGAAGAUGAGAGAGAAGAAUACUUGAGAAAACGGCGUUUUGGAGUAUACAGCGACCGAGCAGAUCGUGACAAGAAUGCAAUUGCUUUGAUCAAGGACAUGGGCCAAAAAUUGGGUGAUUUUCAAAAGUGGAUGGCUAUGGACAAGUUACCAAUCAUGGCGAGAUGCCCCAGUUGUGAACAACGUUUCAUCAAGCUACACAACACAGUGCACCAUUGCAGCAUCCUGGACCAAAACAUCACAUCACAGCAACAUGGAUUGCAGUAUUUCCGAAUAUUGUACCUACAUGACAUAUUUGAAGCACUUCACUUGGAUGAGCAUAUGGAAAUACAACAACACGAUGCAGCUAUUAUACUCAAUCAACACCAGCACCAGAACAUUUCAGAUCGCGUACCUGGAUCGCUUGGGAUGGUAUAUGGCACAGUCGACACGUCGGAUGAUUUCUUAUUGCUAAUGGCCGUGGACAAAAGCAUCAUCAAUGAUGGCCGAGGUCGUGGCGAUCCCCCCAACAACUUGAGCAACGAUGCCUGGUUUUUCGACAGUAGGGAAUUGAUGAAUGGCAUGAUCACACAUUUCAACGAUAACCCGGUGAAACAACUAUCCGAGGUCUCAUGUGCCGUGAUUGAACCUUGUGAAUACUACAGCAUCCGGUAUCCAUAUCGCAAAGGAGCCAAUUCACCAGUGCAGCACAAGCACAACAGAAAGAACAGCAAGUGUAAUUUCGGGGUUACGUAUACAUCAUUCAAUCAUUUACCUUGCAUCGUGAGACGCUAUCUGUGGAUGUCAUACCGAAAAGGCAAAAUCAAUCGCAAUCCAAUGACAUGGGAAUUUCAAGCGCAGUAG